GUGACAGAGUCAGGAGGAACAAGCCGAGCUGCGUGAGUUACGCACACGUACGGAAUUGCGUCACUGCGCUUCAGUGCAGUCGUGGCACUAUUCUCGCGAGAUGAGACUUACUGGGUUUAUGGGCGGAGUUUGUGAAGCAGGAGGGGCGGAGCCUGCGGUGAACAGAGCUGCGGGCUGUGUUGGCAAUAGUGGGGCAGUAGGGAAGCGCUGGGGGUGGGACAUGCUUGCUCCAUAGCAACCGCCGUUCCUCCCGCAGUGUGCGGCUGAGUGACAGAGUCGUUUUCUCCCCAAUAAACUGAAGAACAAAUGAGAAGAUGUCGUUCCGCAAAGGUAACAGAACCAUUCACAUUGCUAUAAUCCUAUUGGCUGCCGUCGUCUUCCUGCUGAUUCUGCACCACAAUAUCCUGGGCCUGACGGACAUUCUGACGAGACAGAGCUCCGACAGCGCUCCGUUAGUGUUUCAGCGGCUGGAAGCCCUGCGUGAUGCCCAUGAGAGCCCCCCAGAAGAGAGACAGGGGGAGGAGAUAGCCGUGGUUAUUCCGGGGGUGGAGGAACGACUCGGGGGGCUCGUUGCCGCCAUUAAUAGUAUCUCCAGCAACACCAAGUCCAACGUUGUGUUCUAUAUCAUCACUACCAACGACACCAAGGGGCACAUCCGAUCCUGGUUGGACGGCACCGGGCUGAAGCGAGUGACCUAUAAGCUCCUGGCGUUUGAUACCCGAGUUCUAGAUGGGAAAGUCCGGGUCGAUGCUGGGGCAGAACCAGUGAAACCAAUGACGUUUGCCCGGUUCUACCUGCCCAGUUUGCUGCCUGAGACCAAGAAAGCCAUUUACCUGGAUGACGAUGUUAUUGUACAGGAUGACAUACGUGACCUGUACAACACGCCCCUCCGACCCGGCCAUGCCGCCGCCUUCUCUGACGAUUGUGACUCGGUGACCUCCAAGUUCCCAGUCAGGGGGGCCGCUAAUCAGUACAAUUACAUUGGUUUCCUGGACUACAAGAAGGAGCGGAUCCGGAGCCUGGGCAUGAGGGCCAACACCUGCUCCUUCAACCCGGGGGUAUUUGUGGCCAACCUGACCGAGUGGAGGCGGCAGAACGUUACCCGCCAGCUGGAGAAAUGGAUGGAGCUGGAUGUGGCUGAGGAACUGUACAGCAAGACUUUAUCCGCCAGCAUCACGGCGCCCCCCCUCCUCAUUGUCUUCUACCAACGGCACUCGAACCUCGACCCCCUGUGGCACGUACGGCACCUGGGUUCGAGUUCGGGGAAACGCUACUCGCCGCAGUUCGUGAAGGCCGCGAAGCUUCUCCACUGGAACGGACAUUUUAAACCGUGGGGCAGAACCUCUUCCUACCCGGAGGUUUGGGAGAAAUGGUUCAUUCCGGAUCCCAUGGGGCAGUUUGCACCAAUCAGGAGGCACGGGGAAGCCGAUGGCACCAAGUGACAAGUCUCCUGACUCCUCGCGUUAUCUCAGGAAAGAGACAAAGGAUUUGCCCCUUUUGCCCCAAGCAGGGGGUCUGGUAGUUCCUGUGGGUGCCAAGGCCUCACCCCCCUACAGACUCUGUGUAUUCAGGCUCCUCCCCACUUUCCCGGGGAUAUGUCCAGAUGACUUGGGCACCAAUGGAGGAGGGACUGAAACAGAACUAUUGCCCCUCCCACUUGUGACACCUGCAUAAACCCCUCCUCCUUCCCAUGGCAUUGUUGUGGCCUAAGGAAAUGGGCCCCGCCCUCAGGCUAAAGGGGAAGCAUACAGAGAUUGGCCCUGGCCAAUCAGAAUUGGUGAUACUUUUCAGAGAGUUGGUGAUUUUUCUUUCCCAGAGGAGCUCAAUGUGAUUCGCCAACUGGAGCCCCGCCCCUAGGAUUUUCUCAUUGGUGUUUGUUUUUUUGUUUUUUUAAACAUUAAAUCUAGAAAUAAUAA